GCGAGAGAGCAACUCAGAUGUGCAAUCAGGGAUGACAGUAGGUUCUAAAGACACGAUUCAUUUUGUAGUGAAGAAAUAUUGUUAAAAAACAAGUGAAACGCUGGAUAUUGACCAAAGCUGAAAUAUGGGUGAGUCAAGUAUCUGUCAGGUGAGGGCAACAGUCAUGCUGUAUGAUGACAACAGCAAGCGCUGGGUGCCAGCAGGAUCUGACAGUACGUCUAUAAGCCGUGUCCAGAUCUAUCACAACCCUUCAGCAAACACCUUCAGAGUAGUGGGACGCAAACUGCAGGCUGACCAGCAGGUGGUGAUCAAUUGUCCCAUUAUCAAAGGAAUGAAGUAUAAUCAAGCCACACCAAAUUUCCAUCAGUGGCGUGAUCACAAGCAGGUGUGGGGGCUAAAUUUUGGCAGUAAAGAAGAUGCUACUCUGUUUGCCAACACCAUGACGCAUGCUUUAGAUACUGUCAGUGCGCCGGCAGUUGCAGGCCCAGCUCAGAACGGCCCCACUGCACAGCAGCUGGAACAACAGAGAAGACUCGAACGUCAGAAGCAGGAACAGCAAGAGAAAGAACGUCUGGAGCGAGAACACCAGGCCACUGUAUCAGCCCCUCCUGCCCCUCCUGCCCCACCAGCUACUUCACCUGCCCCACCAGCACCCCCACCACCUCCAGGUCCACCCCCACCUCCUUCUGGGGGAUGCCCACCUGCACCUCCACCACCUCCAUCUGGAGGUAUGGUUCCACCUGCACCUCCACCCCCACCGGUUGCAGGAGGCAGUGGAGGAGGUGGAGGUGGCAGUGGAAAUGAUCUGGCUGCAGCUCUAGCAGGAGCCAAAUUGCGCAAAACAGUGAAGGAUGAGGGAGGUUCAGCAGCCCCAGCCCCCAAACCACAGUCCUCAUCCGGUGGAAGUGGAGGAGGUGAUCUAAUGGGAGAAAUGAGUGCCAUUCUUGCAAGAAGGCGAAAAGCUGCUGAUAAGCCAGCUGUAAAAAAGGAAGAAUCUCACAAUGAGGAUUCUGAGUCCUCUGUAUCGAAAUCCUCAGGUGUAGCGGAAAUCAAUCAAUCCAAGGAAAAAUCUGCCACCAUGCCAAGAGCCAAAUCCUUAACCACCAAUCAAAAAGACUCAAGCCCAAGUUCAAGCUCUGCCACUACUCCAGUGUCCAGGAUGAAGGUGGUGAAGAAGAACUCAGAUGGUACAGGAAAUGAUAGUGAUAUGGAAAAAUUUAAACAGGAAAUCCUUGAAGAAAUAAAAAAGGAACUCUACAAAGUAAAGGAAGAAAUUAUCACAGCUCUGAUGCAGGAGCUACAAAGGUCACAGCUCAAGGAUGAAGACUGAAGAAUUGAUCAAAAGAAAAAAAAAAUGGAUGCUUAUCUUGCAGUGCUCACAGUGUUUUACUUGGCGAAAUUAUUUUAUUUUACAUUGUUUAAUUUGUUUUCAUGCAAUAGAUUUUAAAGUCUGAUCAGUCCUAAGACUAUGAACAUGAACACAUUUUCAAAUAAAAUAUUAUUAUCAUUAUUUUUCCCCGAUAUCUUGCUUAGUUAUAGAAAUCAGAAUGGAAUUCCAAUUAUUGUCUAGGAGUUGUAAAUGUUAGUGUUUCAUGUAAUAUUCAUCAACAGACAUAUGAAUGACAUGCCCAGGCAUUUUUAUCAGUGGCAGGUAACAGUAAUCUGCUCAGACAGGUUGUUGACACUUUUACCAUCAAACAAUUUCAAGUUCUUGCAAAAUUAAAGAAGUGGUAGCAAAAGUGCACACUACUGGUUUUGUAGCUACAAGGAUAUACAUUUUAGCACAUGUUAACUUACAUUCUUGAAAAUGGGCCAGAAAUUGGACUUUUUAAUAGAAUAGAAUAGAAAAGAAUAGAACUUUGGGGAGUUCCAUUCCAGGAAAUUCCAGCAGCUGUUGUUGAAUGUCUAAAAUUACGCAACAUUGCUCAAGUGAAGUUAUUUACAUGUAUGUACAUUUCAGGGUAUACCAGGAAAAACUCCAUAUGACCCCAUGUAGGUCUAUGAUACCUUUCAGAUGUGAAAACAUUAUUUUUGAUAUUCUUCCACUGUCAUCUGAUAAAGUACUUUUUAAAAGUACUCAAAAAUAAA